CGAGUUUGUUUUGAGGAAGUUGAAUCAAAGACUUUUACUUGACUGGGAGUAUAAAUCAGUGUGUCGGAAUGAAGAGCAGUAGGACGAAAGUACCGUUUUGACGGAAGCCUCAGGACAAGAGUAGUGAAGAUGGCUUUACCAAAGGCCCUGCGGUUCGGUGUUUUGCUGUUGUUAAUAUGCUUCACUCUCGACCAACCAGGAUUCAGACAGUCUGUGUCCGUGUUCUUUCAGGAUCUGAGGGAUGCCACAUCAUCCAUCCUUCAUACCAGAGAGAAAAGAGAAGUUUUUCUUCCAGCCUCUUCUGUUCUCUCAAACUUCACUGAACACGACCUCCAACUUGUCAUAACCUUCUCUGACCUCGAGAGUCUCCGAAGGAUUCUCGACAACUUCAGCUUCCCCGUUGUGAUCAACAACACUGUGGAAAUCAACAGCCUUGAGACCACAACAGUGUGUUCACCAAACAUAACUGGGUACCAGUGUGUAUGUGAGGAGAACUUUGCCUGGUCUUACAACAACUGCAUUACGUAUGGGGUCUGUGACCCCAUCAUUGGUGGCACAUGUGGCUGCAUUAAUGACCUGCCAGCUGAUGUUCAGUUCUGCCAGUCAAACAGCAGCCAAACAGUGACAACGACUGCAACACCAUCUUCUACACAAGCAAAUGAUCUAGUGGACAUCGAUGUGGUCAUUGUCUCGUUCAUCCCAACCUCUAGUUUUUCAUCAAGUUUAUUCAGCUACGUCAGAAGUCGUCUGCAAAGUCUUACCUUCCCAAUAUCCAUCUCUCAGUCUCUGGGAGUGAAAGAGCUCUACUUCACCACAGCCUGUGAUCCAAACUCUGCUAAUGGGCUCCAGUGUCAGUGUGAGAGCGGCUUUGCUUGGCCAUGUGACACGUGUAACAGCAGCAACUCAUGUAACAAUCAGACCUGUACAUGUUUAUAUGGACUUCCUCCCAAUGACGAGUACUGUCAGCCCGUCUCAAAUGCCACUAUAUGCGAGCCAACUCCUCCACCUCCCACAGAAUGGCUGGACAUUGAAGUAGUCCUUGACCUGCAGAUCCCUUUGGCCACUGCACCAUCAAACUUACUUAAUUUGCUCAGGGCGGCUCUGAGAAAUGAAACCUUUCCCAUUGAGCUCUCACAGACCGUAGAUGUUUUAGAUGUAGAGUUAACCACAGCUUGCUCUCCAAACUCCACCGAUGAACUGCUCUGUCAAUGUGAAGAGGGUUUUUCUUGGCCAUGUGACAUGUGCAACAGCAGCAACUCAUGCAAUGACCCCAGCAAUCCGUUCUGUACGUGUUUAAAUGGACUUCCUUCCAACAAUGACUUCUGCCAGCCAGUCACAAAUUCCUCUGUGUGCCCAACUCCUACUCCAGUGACAACGGUCUUAACAACUCCUUCACCAAUUUAUGAGAUUGAUUUAGUCCUGGAAGUACACAUCCCGUUCUCAAGCUACCAGUCUGAUAGGCUGGACGAGUUUAGAGAGUCUCUGAACAACAAAACCUUCCUCACAACGUUCUCAAAGUCUUUAAACAUUACAGAGUUAUUCUUGACCACAGUCUGUGAUCCAAACUCCACUUAUGGAUAUCAGUGUGUGUGUGAAAGCGACUUUGCUUGGCCAUGUGACGUGUGCAGCAGUAACAUUUCAUGCAGCAGUCAAUCCUGUACCUGCAUAUAUGGACUUCCUUCCAACAACGAGUUCUGUGAGCCAAUCACAAAUAAUUCCAUAUGCCCAACACCAUCACCAACUCCAGAACCUGUUUACAUUGAAGUGGUCAUUGAUGUGAGGAUUCCUGAUACCAUCAUUCAACCAAACAUACUGGCAUCAUUCCGAAAUGCUCUCCAGAAUCAAAGCUACCCUAUUCCUCUCACUCAGUUAAACGUUUUAAAAAUAGACUUGACCACAGUCUGCUCUCCAAACUCCACCGAUGGACUGCAGUGCAGAUGUGAGGAUGGUUUUGCUUUACCAUGUGACAUGUGCACCAGUAACAUCUCCUGCAGUGAUGUCUACAGUCAAACGUGCACAUGCAUAAAUGGACUUCCUGCAAACAAUGAGUUCUGCCAAGCAGAGACCAAUACCUCCAUCUGCCCAACACUUACUCCAGACAUAACAACAACCGUCCCAACAACAGCUCCUCUACCAACCUAUGAAACCGAUCUGGUUCUUGAAGUGCACAUCCCAGUGAACAGUUUACAAGACGACACACUCGAUACAUUCAGAAGGAAUCUGCUAAAUAAAACCUUCCCUGAUGUACAACAGGCUUUCACAGUGUUAGACAUAACACUGACCUCAGUCUGUGAUCCAAACUCCACUUAUGGAUAUCAGUGUGUGUGUGAAAGCGGCUUUGCUUGGCCAUGUGACGUGUGCAGCAGUAACAUUUCAUGCAGCAGUCAAUCCUGUACCUGCAUAUAUGGACUUCCUUCCAACAACGAGUUCUGUGAGCCAAUCACAAAUAAUUCCACAUGCCCAACACCAUCACCAACUCCAGAUCUAGUGGACAUCGAUGUGGGAAUCGUUGUGUUCAUCCCAACCUUUAGAGUUCCGUCAAGCAUAUUCAGCUACGUCAGAAGUCGUCUGCAAAGUCUUACCUUCCCAAUCCCCAUCUCUCAGUCUCUGGGACUGAAAGAGAUCUACUUCACCACAGCCUGUGAUCCAAACUCUGCUAAUGGGCUCCAGUGUCAGUGUGAAAGCGGCUUUGCUUGGCCAUGUGACACGUGUAACAGCAGCAACUCAUGCAGCAAUGAAACUUGUACAUGUUUAUAUGGACUUCCUCCCAAUGAUGAGUUCUGUCAGCCCGUCUCAAAUGCCACUACAUGCCCACCUCCUCCACCCUCCACAGCUGCCCCGACAACUACCACGGUUGCCCCGACAACCACCACGGUUGCCCCGACAACCACCACGGUUGCCCCAACAACCACCACGGUUGCCCCGACAACCACCACGGUUGCCCCGACAACCAACCCGUUACAAGACACUGAAGUGACCCUUGUCUUCCGGAUCCCAGCCUCCAUUGUGCAAAACUAUACACUUCCACUACUCAAAAGCAAAUUGGACAACUUUACCAGCUAUGUAACUCUCCCAGCAUUUUUGAAAGUAAAAACAAUAGACUUGACUACAGUCUGCUCUCCAAACCCACCGGUGCAACUGCGCUGUCAAUGUGAGGACCGUUUUGCUUGGCCAUGUGAUCUGUGCAACACCAGCAAUUCAUGCAAUGACAUCACCAGUCAGCAGUGUACAUGCAGAGAUAGACUCUCUUCUAUCAACCAAUAUUGUCAACCAAACCUAAGUAGCACACCAUGUCCUGCACCACCACCAACCACAACACCACCGCCAACCACAACCACAACACCACCGCCAACCACAACACCACCGCCAACCACAGCACCACCACCAACCACAACAACGCCGAAACCUACACCAUCACCUAAAAAUAUACCAGGCAUCAUUACCAUGGACAUGACGUUUGAAGAGUCAUUCAAUGACAAGAACAAUCAAGUUUACAAAACCAUUGAGAACGCUAUUUUAAGCAAGUGUACAAGUAUUUUACAAACAAACUGUACAAUCAAAAAUCUGUCUUUCAAGGCUGGGAGUACAAUUGCUAAUUAUGAGCUUAAUGUUUUUUCAUCUGAAACACCAACAGAGAUCAAAGUUCAGAUAACAAAAAAUGAAAUAUUAUCAGAAGUGGCAUCAAAAUAUCCCAUCAGCAUUGUCAGUUCGAAGCAGUUGUCGGUUGAUGGAGCUCUACUCUAUGUCGGGGACAGUAUAAAAGUGACAUGUGACCCAUCUGACCUCACCUCAACUGGCCUCACCAUUGGAAAAUAUUCAAUAUUGUGGACACGAAAAGAAGGAGCCCUUCCCAAACAAUCUACUUUUGAUCAAUAUUCAAUCCUAAUCCCUAAAUUUUCUAAAUAUGAUGAUGGGAAGUAUGAAUGUACGAUAACCUGGGGAGCCGGUUCAACUUUCAGACAGUCGGGGCAGCUGACUUCCAAAACACUCCCUCUGAUCACUGUGAGUCCAAUCAAAGACACGGUGAAGUGUUCUGGGUCAAAGGAACUGACCUGCAGAGUAGAUGAAUUGACAGCUACAUUGAUCAGUCCAAGUGGUGAAGAUUUAGGUGUAACGUCCUACAUCUACACACCGUCUCCGUCAUGUGCUGAUGGUGAUGUGUUGACGUUCAAAUGUAAAUUGAAAGAAAGGGACAGUGCAAAAGAAAUCACACUGGUACUAACCACAAAGCUGGAGUUUGACUGCACAAGUGACAUAUAUGGAAAUGCAGUGAUUGGGGAUAUUGGUGUUGGAAAAUGUGACCCUAACUAUGAAGGAGAAAAAACAGCAGUUUGUCAGCCAGAUGGUAAAUAUGGAGAUGAACAAGACUACUGUGUCCUACAAGUGAUUGUGGAGCUGCUUGGUCGAUCACAGAACUUGAAUGAGUUGACUAUUCCAGUAUUCUUGGAGGAUCUCAAAAAUGCGACUGUACAGAAUAAUAAUGAUAUCAUUGAGUCUCCGGCGACCCUCAUUGCCAUGAUUAAGAUCUUUGAAAAUGUCGCCAACACAUCCACAUCUUUACAAAUCAAUCUAGAGAGAAAUUCCACGAGGAACUUCCUAGAAAGUGCCGGCCUUCUCACGAUUGACGAUGCGAGGGGGUCUUGGGGUUUUCUAAAUUACAACGACACCAGAAAUACAACAGAAGAUGAACUAUUGAGAAACAGUUCCAGCGCCUCUUUCUUGAAUGUUUUUGAAAACUUACCAAAAUUUAUUGGCAAUGAUUCACUGGACAUCAACACAGAUUUCAUUAUCCUGAACAAAACCAGGCUCACAGACCCUUUCAACAGUGUAUAUAACUCCUCAGUGGAAAUAGAAAUACCACAGGUUGGUGGAGAAGAAAAAUUCAUCACCAUAAUCAUUUUUGCUUCAAUGUACAAUGUGCUUCCUGGAAGAGAUGAGCUCAACACCUCCUCCAGCCGCGUCCAUGGAAGGGUUGCCCUCGUUAGUCCUGAAGUUGAAAUCUCAAAUAUUUCAUUGACAUUUGAUGUCAUAAAUUACACAAAUUUCACCAUAGGAAACCCUAAAUGUGUCUUUUGGGAUUUCAAUCUCUAUGACGGUCUUGGAGGAUGGAGCGAUGAUGGCUGCUCGUUAGUUUACUUUGAAAAUGAGACGGUCAGCUGCAACUGCAACCACACCACCUCCUUCUCCAUCCUUAUGUCACCCGACAGCCCCAGAAGCCUUAUUCUGGACUUCAUCACCUACAUUGGAGUUGGAAUUUCUAUGGCCUGCCUGGUCAUUUGUCUCAUCAUUGAAGCAGUCAUAUGGAGAAAAAUCAACAAGAACGCAACGUCGUACUUGCGUCACGUCUCCAUCGUCAACAUCGCUCUGUCCCUACUGAUUGCAAACAUUUGGUUCAUUAUUGGAGCGGCCAUUUCAGAUGCAGACCAGAAGAACCCUCCGGCCUGCACAGCCGCAACCUUCUUCAUCCACUUUUUCUACCUGGCUCUGUUCUUCUGGAUGUUAGCGUCAGCUCUGCUGUUGCUCUACCGGACUCUCAGUGUCUUUGAUGGAGGGCUAUCUAAGCUAGCCAUGCUGAUCAUUGGAUUCUCUUUGGGAUAUGGAGCGCCGCUGAUCAUUGCAACUAUAACUAUAGCUUCAACUGCUCCCUCAAAUCAGUACAUCAGAGAAAAUGUCGUCUGUUGGCUCAACUGGUACGAGUCCAAAGCUCUGCUGGCCUUCGUGAUCCCUGCGCUUAUGAUAGUGGGGAUAAACUUUAUCAUCUUAAUUGUGGUGCUGUACAAAAUAUUGAGAAGAAGAGUUGGAGGAAACGCAUCCCAAACAGGAGAGAAGCACGUUCUGUAUGUGAUUGCCAGGAGUUUGGCUGUGCUCACGCCGUUUUUCGGACUGACUUGGGGUUUGGGAAUCGGAACCAUGGUUGACCCCAAAAACUUUGGAAUCCAUGUUGCCUUUGCUUUCUUCAAUUCAUUGCAGGGUUUCUUUAUUCUGGUGUUCGGAACACUGUUGGACAAAAAGGUGUGGUCGGCAAUGAACAUACGAUCACUGACGUCACAGGGUAGAACACAGAGCACCAGUGCUGGAACAUCAUCUAGUGGACUGAGCAACUUGUUCCGGAGAAUAAAAAUAAACAGAGGCUCCAGAAGUGGGUACCAUGUGUCUUCUUCUGGACAAAGUGACUCAUUCAACACUUAACACGUGCAGGAAACCAUGUCCAUAUAAGGAAAACAACAAACAAAUCAGUUUUUUCUCUCAUUACUACAGCCUCUUUAAGUUAUAACGUUAUAAUCUGAAAGAGUCCCGCUGCAUUCUCUUUUUUGAAAAAUGAAGCAAGCAUUAAUUCUGCCAUCUUGUAAAGGCAGCAUUUUAGAAAGCUUUUCAAAGGUGUACAAUUCAGAAAAACUAAGUACUUUAAUAUUACACAGCCUUUAUUUUGGGGAAAUACACAAUAAUGUAAUACUACAUAAUAAAUUUAUUUUAAAGAAUAUAUUUUAUUUUCCUUAGAUGGAAUGGCAUUUUAAGUCAGUUUAAAGAAAAA